AUGACAAAAGCUAUACCAAAAAUAGGUUCACGUAAGAAAGUGCGUAUUGGUUUGCGUAGGAAUGCCCGUUUUAGUUUACGGAAGAGUGCACGUAGAAUAACAAAAGGGAUUAUUCAUGUUCAAGCUAGUUUCAACAAUACCAUUAUAACCGUUACAGACCCACAAGGUCGGGUCGUUUUCUGGUCCUCCGCAGGUACUUGUGGAUUCAAAAGCUCAAGAAAAGCAUCACCCUAUGCUGGUCAAAGAACAGCAGUAGAUGCUAUUCGUACAGUGGGUUUGCAACGAGCAGAAGUUAUGGUAAAAGGUGCUGGUAGCGGAAGAGAUGCCGCAUUACGAGCCAUUGCUAAAAGUGGUGUACGGUUAAGUUGUAUACGCGAUGUAACACCUAUGCCGCAUAAUGGAUGUCGACCUCCUAAAAAAAGACGUCUGUAA